AUGGGUUUCGCCCAAGAGGCGGCCGCGGCGCGCGGGGAACCCGGGCUAAUCGCCGGGCCGGUCAUCGGACCCGGCCGUCGCCGGGCCAGCCAGCGGGGCUGCGGCUGUCGUGGGGGCCCGGCUUCGGCGGGCGCCGGGAGCAGCUGCCGCCUCUUCCUGGCUUUCUUCGCGCUGUCGCUGGCCCUCCACCUGCUGACGCUCUGCUGCUACCUGGAAUUGCGCUCUGAGCUUCGGCGAGAGCUAGCCGCCGAGGCCCGCCGCGCCCCUGCCCCCGCCGGGCAGCCUGCCGGACCCCCCGACGCUACCGUUGAUGCCUCCCGGGACGCCUUGGUCGCCCGCCGCCGCCGCCAGCGCGGGCAGCUGCCACCUCAACUCCAACAGCAGCAACAGCAGCAGCUGCUGCCACCGCCCGAACCCGAGCCCAGGGACACGCCGCUUCUCCCCGGCCCUGGGGACCCGCAGCAGUUGGCCCUGCUGAAUUUCUUCUUUCCUGAAGGGAAGCUCCCCAAAGAAGAAGAAAGCAGACGCGCCCAGCGUAGCAAGAGGAGCAAAAGCAGUGAAGGAGCCGAUGGUCCAGUUAAAAACAAGAAAAAGGGAAAAAAGGCCGGACCUCCUGGGCCAAAUGGUCCCCCAGGCCCCCCUGGGCCUCCAGGCCCCCAAGGACCUCCAGGAAUCCCAGGAAUCCCUGGCAUCCCUGGGACAACGGUCAUGGGACCCCCUGGCCCUCCUGGGCCCCCUGGGCCUCAAGGCCCCCCCGGGUUGCAAGGCCCCUCAGGUGCAACUGACAAGGCUGGUGCUCGAGAGAUCCAGCCAGCUGUAGUGCAUCUCCAAGGCCAAGGCUCCGCCAUCCAGGUGAAGAAUGAUCUUUCAGGUGGAGUACUCAAUGACUGGUCGCGCAUCACCAUGAACCCCAAGGUGUUUAAACUGCACCCCCGCAGCGGGGAGCUGGAGGUACUGGUGGACGGCACCUACUUCAUCUAUAGUCAGGUAGAAGUUUACUACAUCAACUUCACGGACUUUGCCAGCUACGAGGUGGUGGUGGAUGAGAAGCCCUUCUUACAGUGCACCCGGAGCAUCGAGACUGGCAAGACCAACUACAACACAUGCUACACAGCAGGUGUGUGCCUCCUCAGAGCCCACCAGAAGAUCGCUGUCAAGAUGGUACAUGCUGACAUCUCCAUAAACAUGAGCAGGCACAGCACAUUCUUUGGGGCCAUCCGGCUCGGUGAGGCCCCUGCCUCCUAGACUCUACCCGGCUGGGAGGCCAGGAUGCCUGGGGCCGCCCCACCAUUGCACUGCUUUGGAUGGAGCCAAGGAGAGACAGGAGAGAGUGAGAGGACCAGCUGCCCAUGGUCUAUUUAUCCCGUAAUAGUGGCUUUCGGGCGAGCUGGUUUGUUGGGACCUGGGGGUGGCAAUGGGUGGGUCACCGGCCUUGGGAGGGCCACUGGGCUCAGGAUGAGGGGUUGCCCACAGAACUCUGUGGUGGCAAGCACUUCGGGGCAAGAACUGGCAGACAAGAGCCAGGAGGGAGCUGCCAAAGAGGCCCUCAGUUCAAAUCCUCGCCCUCAGGGCCCUUGGGCACCAACAUGAAUAAAUAGAGCAGAGAGCAUUCUGAGUUUGGAGCCUGCCUAAGUCUCUUCCUCAGCAUCUCCGGGCCUCACCUGGGCUAGGUGACCUCCAUGGUCCUUUCCAGCUCUGACUUCAUCUUCUCUCUGUAAGAUGAGGGCUUUGGACUAAAUGAGUUUCCUCCUGAACCUCUGCUUCUAGGCUCACCUUAAGUGGGACUUUCCCCAUGAUGCAGUAUGAAGGAACAGAAGCAGGGGGAGGGGCCAGAGUAGGCAUCCUGCCCCCCACAAGCCCGCAGUGGGGCUCUUGGCAUGGGCUGAUGACUGUGCUGGCUGCUGGAUUCUGAUAACCUUCAGGCCCCAUCGUGGCCACCAGCUUAGGCUGAGAGGAGGCCCUCACUUGGUUUCCAGCCUGUAUCCUUAAGUGUGCCCCCUCCCUGCCUCCCCCUUCCCCCCCCAGACACAGCAUGCUGUAGGCACUCCCACUGAGCCAGCUGACUGACACAGAAAGAGUGAGAUGUGGCUGAAGAUUCCCCCUCCCCCAUGAGACUCAGGCACCUAAGGGAGUCCAUGAUCUGUGCCAGAGGUCGGAAUUAGUCUCCAGCUCCCAGAAGGCCCCUGGGCUGACCACCAACUAGGCACCAGUAAGACGCCUAAGAGGGAGCCAAUGGAAGGGGCACUAGCCCUAGAGGGAGAGAAGUUGGAUUCAAAUCAUGCUUCUGCUGCUUCCUACAAAUGGGACCUUGGCCAAGUUGCUUUGCCUACCCAGGGCUUCAGUUCCCUCAGCUGAUUUCAGAACUCACAGCAAUCUUCCUCACAAAUGGACUUUGAGGAAGCUCCAGGUUGGGCUUAGAGCUAGUCAUUUGCUGGUUCCAAGAAGGCCACUCUUGCUCCCUAAGUUCCUUAGCUUGGUCCAAGGCAAAGCCCUGGCAAUCAGUUGGGGCAGACCAAGGCCACCAGUCAAGACAUUUGCUUUCAUUUUCUUGAGUGUCCUAAAGCUUUUCCUCUACUCCUACCCCUGCUGCCUGGCUCUCCCACCACAACAGAGCCUGCACAGGAGCUGCUGGGCAGUGAGAGCCACAGAGCUUGUAUCCCCAUGGCCAAGUAGCAAGAGAGGCCUGAGCACCCCGCAGCUAUCAAUCCAGUGUGGGCCUCCUGCCUCCUAGAAAGCUCACGAUCUUCUGGAUAGCCAGACACAGAAGAGCUUGCCGUUCCCCAGCUCAGGCAGCCAAGUGGACUCCCAAAUGGACAGUCCACAGGAGAAAGGCACUGGAAGCCUACUGAAGAAAUCCAGAGCUCUGGUAUGUCUAGCUCUUGGCAACACGGGCCAGCCCAGUAGCUGCUGAGGUUUCUGUGCUGAGAGAAAAGGGCUAUUAAACUUCAGACCCUAUGUCCGCUUGGUGUUGCCUCAAGCAGGGCUGCUGGCCCCCUCUACUGACUCAUCACACUAACCGAAUCAGUAUCUACCUCCUGUGGGCUAUGAGGGAAGUGAAGGACCAAGGGGCCCUGCUGGCAAGAGUUUGAUGCCCGAGAGACACAGAAGAGAAAUGGAUAUGACACUGGAAAGUACCUUGGAGAGCUCCAGAUUCUUGGGACUGAAAGACCUUCCUUAAGAAAGACCAAUUCUAGAAGCUGGCAGAGCAGGAGUGAGACACAAGGAAAGGGAAUAGGCCCCCAUCCCUGCCUCUCUCAGCCCAAACUGUGGGGCACAACAUGGGGUGAGGUGCCCCAGGCAACCCUGCCCCAAUCCCUUCCCAAAGAGAACCAGGGAGCUGUGCCCUGAGGAGAAUGGUGGACUGGCUCUGCCCACAUACUAAGCCUUUGCUCUUUCCGGCAUGGAUGGGGGCACUGUGGUUGUGGAAAUUGUUUGGAAGUUACUUUGCAGUCAAAAGAACUUGGAGAAAUUAAAGGUGUGCUUCAUUGACCUUCAUUCAUUUUGUUUCCCUGAGGGCUGGAAGACUAGAAGAAAGAUUUGACUCCCCACUCUGCCCCUUCAAGGAUGCUGAGGGCCCUUCUCUUUCAUGCAAGAAAUAGGACCAACAGAGGCUUUGGCUCGGUCAGUCCCAACAGCAGAGCCCAGGGACUGGAGGGGUCCAGGACACCCUGACUCAGCCUCCACCACAUCCCCAGCUCCUGCCGUGGUCAUCUGGUGAAUCCUUAUGGUCAAUUCCAGUCAAUCCAGCACACAAUUUUGAAGUGCCUGCUAUGUUCCAGGCCCCAGGAUCCAACAACAAGCAUGAAGCCGCUCCUGCCCAGCUAAGGCCCAAGCAGUCUCUUGUAUGUGCAGCCCUUGGUGACUGUGGAGCUGGGGAGGUUGGCACAGCCAAGUUGGGGUCCUCCUCCAGCCCUAUCUAUACCCUGAGAAGAAAGUGCAAAUAGCUUCACUGGGACCUUCCAUUCUUCUGAGGAUUCUGGCUCCGUAACCUCACAGCAACCAGAGCCCCGAUGGGCCUUGGUUCUGUGGGUCAUGUUAUGAAUAGUCACCAUAUAGGUUUUAUUUAACCCAUUUUAAUAAAUCUGCUAUUCAACCAAAGUGAGAUGUAACUAACCUCCAUGUGGGCCCCACCAGGCUCAGCUUUACGCAGGUGAAGAGGUCAGCUGAGCAUCCAGCUUCCUCUGUUUGCCCUGAGCUUCUUGCUUCCAGUAGGAAAGACCUAAGAGCCCCACAGGAGAGACUAGUACCUGGAGGCCCCAUGGGGCAAAAAGGGCAAAGGUCCAGUAGACUGAAUGUUUCCUGUAGGGUGCUCUGACUAGUGCAGUGUUCAGGAGGGGAUGCAGGGGGUGACGCUUGGUCCAAGGUCCUGUCACAGUCACUGGGCUCCACUUCCCCAACAGCCACCUGGUGACACACAGGCCAAAGGAGCAUCCUCUCCCUUCUGGACUCUUCCUGUUCCCCAAGCUUGGUAUCGAGCUCAGGGCAGAGGUGCUGGUGUGAGCUAGGGGCUGGGAGCCCCAGUG